AUGUCUUCGUCUUCAUCUCCCGCUCAAACAAAGAGGUGUCAGUAUUGUGGAGCGGCAAUGGUGCUUCGGGUUUCAAAAUCAGAUAAAAAUCGCGGGAAGGCAUUUUGGAAGUGUCUAACCUCCUAUGGAGCCACCAGCUGCAAUGGAUUCGAAUGGGUUGAUGUAACCUCCGCUGAAGCAGAUCAGCAAGCUGACACGUAUGAUGCUACAGUGCUUAAUAUGCUGAAGUCCAUUAAGGACUUGGUGGAUUAG